AGGAGGAGGAGGAAGGGAGCCGGCCCGUCCCAGGCCUGCAGCCCGUGCGGGAGAGCCCCCCGGGGGCGGGCCGCGGCGGCAUGCGGCUCCCCGGCCGGCUCGGCCCGCUCCGCAGCACGGCGCUGGCUGCCCGGCCGCCGGGGAGGCUGCGAGCGGGGCCGGCGGCGGCGGGGAGGCGCGCCUUGGCCCGCGGGCGGCUCGGCGGCACCAUGGCAGAGGAGGCCAAGCGGCUGGCAGCCUGCGCGGCGGUGGACAAGCACGUCCAGAACAAUCAAGUUCUUGGGAUUGGAAGUGGUUCUACGAUUGUCCACGCAGUGCAUCGAUUAGCCGAGCGGGUUAAACAGGAGAACCUGACGAUUGUCUGCAUCCCUACGUCUUUUCAGGCCCGUCAGCUGAUCCUGCAGAACGGCUUAACGCUAAGUGACUUGGACCGACAUCCAGAGCUUGAUGUCGCCAUCGAUGGCGCGGAUGAAGUGGACUCUGACCUCAACCUUAUCAAAGGUGGCGGUGGUUGCUUGACGCAGGAGAAGAUAGUUGCAGGAUAUGCAAAAUGCUUCAUUGUUAUUGCUGAUUACAGGAAAAAAUCAAAGAGCCUUGGGGAGCAAUGGAAGAAGGGAAUUCCUAUUGAAGUCAUCCCCAUGGCUUAUGUCCCCGUCACCAGAGCCCUGACCAAAAACUUUGGAGGCAGUGCGGAGCUGCGGAUGGCUGUUAGCAAAGCGGGCCCCGUGGUGACGGACAAUGGGAACUUCAUCCUGGACUGGAAGUUUGACGAGGUUCAUGAAUGGAGUAAAGUUAACACUGCUAUAAAAAUGAUACCAGGUGUUGUAGAGACGGGACUCUUCAUUGACAUGGCAGAGGUGGUGUACUUCGGCAUGGAGGACGGCUCGGUCAGCGUGCGGGAGAAGCAGCCUCGCUGACACCAGCACACUGCCUGCUCUGCUUCGCCUUCGGCCAGUUUGAUUCAGCUGUUGUAACGGUGCCAACCUGACGUUUUGCCUUAACGAGCAGUGGUUAUCGCAGAAGACGGAUGGGAAGUUGAUCAGAAUCCGCUGAUGUGAUACUGAAUGUCUUUUUUUAAAAACAACAAAACCAAUUAUAUUCUAUUUCUAUAUAUAUAUAUUUUUACUUUACAGGAAUGUUGUCUUUUUUUAAAGAAUCAUUUAAACAAAUUGCUUUAACCUUUUAUUUUAUUUUCUAAGAAAUACUUACCAAAAAGAAUAUUCCUUGUUUUGGGGGUUGUUUUUAGUUUAGUUUUGUUUUUUUUUUUCCUUUUUUGAACAGAACUUGAACCCUUCUGGUUGCUCAGAGUGCUUAGUGACUGAGGUGAGAAAUACAAUCCUAAUGCAUCCUUCACCACCCUGACUAGGAGGGUGGUGCACACAAUGGGAACGCAUCCAGUCGGGACCUACCGAUGCCUUAUUUGGAACCUUUUUGGUCCACUAUUUUAUGCCUUUUAAUUUUCUAUACCACUGUUUUUUAAUAGUUCAGGAUGUCUAGUUGUCCUCUGUGCACAUGACAAUUCUCUGAGCCUAGGGUGGUCUCUACAUCCCUCUGCCUGGGACAUUAAUAAGGGCCUUUUCUGGGCCUCUGUAUGGAGAUGAUCAUCCUUUGAGCCAAAUUCUGCUCUCCAUUAAUUCAGUACCUCUGAUUAAAGUCUGUUCCUGUAGCUGGAGAUGUUUGGAACUUCAUCCUUGUAAACCGAGAGCAGGACUGGGUCCUUGAUGAAGUUUACAGAAGCAUAUUUGAGCAGCUCAGGGCAUGAUGGAAUACUGUUCAGUGGCAAAUGAUUUGAUAUGGAAUGAAGGUUAAUUAUCACCCCUGGCAGCUGGUUGAUUUGUGGAAGGAUAGGGCAGAACACACAGGAAAACGGAGUCUUCCUGCCUAAAUUUUUCCACAUGUAGCAGGAGAGAGACACUCGUUCAGUAUCUUGUUCUCAGUGUAUAGGUGCUUUGUGUGGUUCUGGUGUCAAAAUGCAAGCCAUCUCUUUGUGUUGUAGACACUGAAAUAAAGAGCUGAUAUACCAGA